ACAUUUGCCAUUCUUCUCACCUCAGUUCUUUGCUUGAAAUGCAUAGAGUCUCUGCAGUGCCCGGCUACAAUGGCGCAGGAUCACACAUGAAUUCCGUACAUCUGAUUGCGAUCUCUUACGUUUGCAAACGGACAUCUGUCGACAUGAAUGAGGUUUCAUCGUCGACCAACAGCGAGAUGCCUGUUUACUCAAAAUCAGCCCUUUAUUCUCGUUUAGUUAAAUGAUCCCAAUUGGGCUGGCCAAUGUAGCCGUCUUUCAGUUCUGCGCUUUUAGAGCAUUUGUUUUACAGGACUGUUUACAUGAUCUCUCAGAAGAGGCUGAUUUAAUUCACCUAUCUCUGGAUUGGUUUAAAGGCACAUCUUCACAUCAGUCGGAUCAAAGAAGAGAUUCGACUUUUUUCAUCCGGGAGUGGGGCUUAAUAUGUCAAGACGAAAACAGACCAACCCUUUCAAAGUGAAUUGUAGGUAUCUCAGGGCCUUUUCACACAACUGGGUUGGUAGGACCACAGCACACUUUUGAGAUGGAUUCUCGAGAUGACUUAAUUGAGGACGGUGAAUGCCAUGGCAACAACUCACAGGAGCCUGAAGAGCAAGACAGUUCAAGCGACGACGGUGAUAGUGAUUUUGAUAAAGACGACUCAUCAAAUGCCUCUGCUGAUGACAGCAUGAUGAGUCAUAAAAGCGGCCAUUACCACAUGCAACACGAUGACGUCAAGGAGGAGAGCGAGGAGGGAACAGACCAGGGAUGCGGUUAUGUGUGUCCUCUUUGUUCCUUGGAGUUCAGUAGCCCAGAUCAGCUCGUCGCACACGUCUACCAGCACACAGCAGUGGGUGGCAGUAAAAGUUAUGUCUGUCCUGUUUGUGGACGAGCUCUCAGCUCUCCAGGCUCUCUUGGUCGCCAUAUUCUCAUCCAUUCAGAGGACCGCCUGUCCAAUUGUGCAGUGUGUGGCGCACGCUUCACAGACACCAACAACUUCAACAGGGAAAAGUUGAAAGAAUUCCUCAACACGAGCAGUAUAGAGAUCAACAGUGACGGUGAGGCCUGCUCCAUGUCCAAUUCCCUACCUAGAAGCCCCAUGACAAACCCCGGCACCAAUCCUGGUCCUGCACUGACCUCAUUGCCAGAUGGCCUCCUCUCUUCUGCGCCUCCUCUUCCCUCACUCUCUGAAAGCCUCAGUCCAUCCAACACGGGUCUUCCACCUCUUCCAGACAUUCUGAACCCAAUGCCUGUGUACCCGGCUGGGGUUCUGUUGGUGUGCAACAGCUGCGUAGCUUAUCAGCAGCUUGUGGAUGCCCAGUCGCCGUCCAUGAGAAAGUGGGCAAUCCGAAGGAAGAACGAGCCUGUGGAGGUGCGAAUGCAGCGGCUAGAACGCGAGCGAACAGCCAAAAAGACCAAACGGGCUUUCGAGACACCAGAGGAGCGUGAGAUGCGACGCUUACGAGACCGCGAGGCGAAGCGGAUGCAACGGAUGCAGGAGUCGGAUGAGCAGCGUGCACGCCGUCUACAGCGCGACCGGGAGGCCAUGCGACUCAAACGGGCGAAUGAAACGCCAGAGAAGAGACAGGCACGCUUAAUUCGUGAAAGGGAAGCUAAGAGGCUAAAGAGACGUCUGGAGAAGAUUGACCCAUCACUGCGAAACCAGAUCGAGCAUGAUCCUGCGGCAAUGGCAGCUCUGACUGCUGACAUGAAUCUAUUCCAGUUUUCCUUCCCCAUGUCUGUUCCUUCCAUGGACAACGGCCUGUUCAUGAAGCUGCCAUAAUGAGCACAGCUCCCAACACCUCUCAGCCCAAAAUUCGGGAAGUAUUUGUUUGCCAUUCUUAAAACAAAGCUUGACUAUGACUGCUAUAGGAUUAUAAUGGUUUAGCAAUUUCAAGGGGCAUUCACUCUGGCAGCAAUUUGCAGCAACAAAGCAACCAGAAGUCAUUCAUUUUCAAUGCGAGUUGGUGAUUUGAGGCUACGUGAACGUUGGAGACCAUUGGCGAUGCGACAAAGUUGAGAAGAGUUCAACUUUAUGCAAAUGUGCAGUGACACGAUGCAGCGAAUACCAAUGGGAGUUCAAACGGUGAAGCUCACGUGAUCCACAGACUUAUACAGUUCAAUUCUGCAGUCAAGUAGGAAUACCUGCUAGCAACCUACAGUUCAGCUCCUUGGCGACCUCCAGUGCUGCAAUCACUGUCGGUGUGAACCACCCCUAAUGAAUUUAUGUAACAAACUGAAUUUAUAUAAAAAAAUUCCAACACUGAAAUAAGGGCAAAUAUGUUUCCCUGCCUGUAAGCAUGAUUAGAAGAUUAAUUCUACUUCAUUUUCAAGACUCCGAUUUGGAUUUUAACUCUCUUUGUUCAGAGCAGUAAGACAUUUCCUUAAAGUGUCUUUGUUUGCACACAGACUCACAGUGACAGGAGUGAGAAAUAAAGCCACUCCACAUUCUGUUCAGCCUACUGUUCAAAUUUACCAGUCAAAAAGGUUGGAGUUUACCUGUGACCAUGGCUCACCUCCCAGGACCCUAGAUCAGGUCACUGACUAGCUCAUAUUCACAUAACCAACUACCUCACCAUGGGCUCUCUGCAUGGUCCAGUUUCACCUGUGGCCUCUGCCUGGAUCCCAGAGGCCGUACAGGCCCACACACUGACUUGACAUUCCUUUUGCCAACAUAUACUACAAUAAUUUCCUUACAGAUUCGCUAAAACUGCAACACAUCAUUUAAACGCUGUUAGGAGGCAAGGAAACUCAGUGGCCCUGUUUGUGGUCUUUAUUCAUGCAUGUCUGUGAAGUCCAUGAGACCAUAGGGCAGGGCUACUCAAAUCUACUCCUGGAGGGCCACUGUUCUGAGUUUAGAUCCAACCCUAAUCGAAAACACCUGAACAAGCUAAUCAUGGUAUUUUUGAAGUCAGAUUGAAACCAAGCGAAUUGAAUUUCUGAAACACAACUGUCUAAAAUUUUUGUUGAUUGGAUGCCUAAGCGUUAAGGCCAAAGUAUACUUCGGCUUUCCGCCGGCCACUACGUCUCACGCACAGUGCACUACACGCAAAUUGGCGUCAUCAGUACAGCACUUGUGGAAUGUCCGUGUGCAGCCCAGUUCAGGGUUUCUAUGGACAUGGGAAUUUUAAAAUUGUGUUUUCCAGGCCUGGAAAACUCCUGGAAAUUGAUAAGAUCUUGAAAGUCAAAGAAAUUCCUUUAGUGAAUGUACAUUUUUCCAGUUAUAAAAAAAAAAAAAAAAAAAAAAAAUCAGUUAGAUUUUUCUAGCAUUGUUGUGCUAAAAAAAAAAAGAUAGAUGAAGCAUAAUGAAUAGAACAGAACGCAGCUGUCUUGAGACUUGUUUUUAAAAGUUGACGGUUUAAAACAUGACGCUGCUGCACGAGACACUAAAGGAAAACAGCGCAUGUUUAAGCCUAGAAAAACAAUCCAAAAAUAGCACAGACAGAUGGGAAAAACAUGUUCGGUGUACAUGAGCCCUAAAACUUGCUCGCAAGGGAUGAUCGAUUUGUGAGAGAAUCGUUUUCUUGGGUCAGUGGUGGGUCAAAGCGGCUCCAAAAGUAGUCUGAAUGAUUCAUUAACGAAUUGGUCUGAAUCAAAUUACUUUUUUAAUUCUGUAUAUAGUAAUCACAAAUGCCUAGAUAGGUCAUGAAAAAGUCAUGGAAUUCCAUUGGCCAAAAAGGGUGGGAACCUUGCCAGUUUUUGUAGACAGUCCGCAUCUUUGCUCGUUGUCUUCACAUGUGCCUGACAUUGAUUUUACUAAAAGAUUAUCACAGAGCAUCUGUGCAGGCUUGCGUACUUUAGCUUGAGUGCUCGACUGUGUGCAAGACGUAAUGGCAUGCAGGAAGAUGAAAGUAUGUUGCAGCAAAAGUUAAAAUUACUUUUGUUGAAGAUGAUGAAGUGUAACUUUCACAAACUAUUGCGUUUUUCCUCUACGCCCUUGUGGCUCACCAUCCCCAUUUAAAUCAGUUUAUUCGCAGCGCUUUCUGACGCAACAAACUCUAGUGUGUUGGCGCCCUUAUCCACCCUCGAUGCACCCUUUUUGCCAAGGCCGGACUACUAGACUAGUGCGGACUACUACCAGACUAUGCUGCAUUACGACAUGAAAAUACAGUAUGGACUCGGAGGAGGUCUGCAAGGUUUGAGGGUGUCAUUUGGAGCAGGCCCUCUACUGUAGACUCUUUUGUCCUUUUGAAAAGAGGCUGGUCUUCUCUGAGGAUUUACUGUUAGAUUUAUAGUUUAAUGGAUUCAUAAUGAAAGUAUAUUUCAAAGCACAUACACACUACUCUGACCUCGCAAAGUCUUUAUACUUUACACAGUGCUACACGGGUUGAUAUUUGUGCAGGUACUCAGGGAUGGUGAGGAUCAAACUGCAUCCUCACGGCCUGAGAACUCAAAGGAGCAGGAGACCUCCUCUUCCUCAUCCAUCAUUAUCACUAUUUCAGAUCAGGACACUGAACCUCCAAGACAUCCAUAAGGAUAUUACUCAGCUAACCACCCAAUCUCCUCCUCUGCUGCUGUCACUGUACUGUAUAAUGUGUACGUUACCUCUUUAAACCUGUGCAGUCCUGCACUGGAACUGGGAAUGCUUGUUGUGAACAGUGAGGCACUUAGUGUGCGCUUGAUCUCUAUUGCAACAUAAGUAGUGUAUAAAAAUUAAUGUUGCCUUUGUCACUGGAAAUUUGUGCUAUGGUUUUAUAUUGAUAUACAGGUAAAUUAUGUUUUGAGCCCUAUUUCUAUGAGAUGUGCAAUGAUGUUAAGGUUUAGCGAAUGCACGAACAGUGAAACAAUCAGGGUGAAUACCUAAAAUAAAGAAAUCCCUCCAGUUUGAAGCAAUGAUAAUAAUAGUCAACAUGAAAUUAAAAUGACUUUCUUUUUACA